ACAGGAACAUUGAAUCAGCUAGUUUUCCUUAAAUACUUGCUGUGGAUAGUUCGUUAUUGGAGACAAUCAUCUUAAAAUGACGGGAAAAAGUUUACCAAGAGUACCUGAGGGGCUAAGGGACCUAAUGAAGAUGUACGCUAAAGAAGUUUUACGGGAAAAGCCUGAAAACCUAUACAAAUUUUCUGCCGAUUUCUUUAAUUCGAUUGUGACCGAAAAAUCGAACCGAGGAAUGCGCAAAUACGAGCCAAUACAAACCUAUGAAAAUAUCAUAAAAAAGCGUAUGAGACAGCAGGUGCCACUUUCACUCGUAUUUCAAAUAGUUCCGGAACACCUUACCGAACUUAUAAAACAAUUUAUUAAGGAAGUUCUAAAGGAAGGUCCAGACAAUAUUUAUAUAUUCGCCCAAGAAUACUUUCAAAAGCUUUCGGAGACCAAAUCAAUGCACACUGAAUACACUAAAUAUACGGAAUACGAAGAAUCAUUCAGGGACAAAGAGCCAUUCCCAUCUGUGGCAAAUACAACAUGCCAAUGUGGUCGUAUAAUAACUGCUGAAACAGCAGAAGUUCGGAAUAACUACAGCACUUCAAGUCACGUUAUAACUUUCAAAGAUGAUACGCCAAUAGCUGAGGUAGUCCCGGAAAAUACAAAGAAAUACGGUCCCAACUAUUUAAAAGCUGUCAUCAUUAUUCAAAGGAAUUUUCGCCGGUAUAAAAAGCAAAAGAAAAUAUUUGCUGAACAAGAAAACCGUGACAGAGAAUAUAUACGUGCAGUUUUUAUGAUUCAAAGGGUAUUUCGCCGCUACUUGGCCAAAAAGAGAUUUAACAACCGAAAGGAUUCAGAAAAGAAGAGUCGACAGAAUGAUAUCCAAAAUACUCGAAAAUAUAUAAAUGCAGUUAUAGUUAUUCAACGACAAUAUCGUCAAUAUUUAAAAAAAAUGGGUCCGAAAAAUCGAUUAAAAAGUGGUUCCUUUGGCUUAGUCACGGCAGCCAUCAUUAUUCAAAGGGCAUUUCGAAGAAUGGUCGAUGCGCGGAAGUUAAAGGGAAAUGGGCCUGCCGUUGCAGAAAAUCGUGACGAGCUAAACGACGUUGAUUCUGAAACAUGCUCGUACAAUUCCAAAUCGACGGCAAUCCUAUCAACGGAAUCUACCUGUGAAAACAACGAGUUUGGUAACACAAAUUAUGAGGAGCUUAUUCACAGCACAAUUCAAAUGGACGAGGAAGUAGACAACAAUAACACUUACCAAAUUCUUGAAAACGAAUAUGCUGACAUUCAAAAAUAUGAAAACCUGACAAAAAUACAAAUAAGUGCCGGAAAAUCAACUAAAGAUUUUGGUAAUAAGACAGAGCUCGCUGUUUUUCCUGAUAAAGACGAACAAACAACUGUAAUUGAGUCCGAUAUUUCUGAAUCGGUUGAAAUUUUACCACGAGAACAAGACGUCGAAACUUCUGGUACUUCUGCCGCUCUAAAAGAGCUAGAUGAUGAUCUUUCUACCAAUGUAAACCAAAGCUUCCGUGAAGUCUCGAAUCUGACCAAAAGAAGUAUAGCCGACACUUCUAAACAACCCGCUGGAAAAGGAAUAAACUUGGAAGAUGACAAUAAAGCCACCGGAAAAUCAACUAAAGAUAAUGGAGCUAAGACAGAACUUGCUGUUUUGCCUGAUAAAGACGAGAAAAACAUUGCAAUUGUGUCCGAUAUUUCUGAAUCGGGAAAAAGCUUACCACGAGCAGAAGACGUCGAAACUUCUGGUACUUCUGCCUCUCCCAAAGAGCGAGAUGAUGAUCUUUCUACCAAUGAAACCGAAAGCAUCAGUGAAUUCCCGAAUCUGACCAAAGGAAGUAUAGCCGAAAUUUCGGAACAACCCGCUGGAAAAGGAAUAAACUUGCAAGAUGACAAUGAAGCCACCCGAAAAUCAACUGAAGAUAAUGGCGAUAAGACAGAACUCGCUGUUUUUCCUGAUGAAGACCAAAAAACCACCCCAAUUGAGUCCGAUAUUUCUGAAUCGGGAAAAAUUGUACCACCAGAACCAGACGUCGAAACUUCUGGUACUUCUUCCGCUCUAAAAGAGCUAGAUGAUGAUCUUUCUACCAAUGAAACCGAAAGCAUCACUGAAGUCUCGAAUCUGACCAAAAGAAGUAUAACCGAAAUUUCUGAACAACCCGCUGGAAUAGAACCAAACUUAGAAGAUGACAAUGCAGCCAACGGAAAAUCAAGUAAAGAUCAAAGUGAUAAUAUAGAACUCACUAUUUUGCCUGAUAAAGACAAGAAAACCACUAUAAUUGAGUCCGAUAUUUCUGAAUCGGGUAACAUUUUACCACGAGAACAAGACGUUGAAACUUCUGGUAUUUCUGCCGCUCCAAAAGAGCUAGAAGAUGAUCUUUCUACCAAUGAAACACAAAGCGUGAGCGAAGUCUCGAAUCUGACCAAAAGAAGUAUAGCUGAAAUUUCUGAACAACCCGCUGGAAUAGAACCAAACUUAGAAGAUGACAAUGAAGCCAAUGAUCUUUUUACCAAUGUAACCCAAAACUUCCGUGAAGUCUCGACUCUGACCAAAAGAAGUAUAGCUGAAAUUUCUGAACAACCCGCUGGAAUAGAACCAAACUUAGAAGAUGACAAUGCAGCCAACGGAAAAUCAAGUAAAGAUCAAAGUGAUAAUAUAGAACUCACUGUUUUUCCUGAUAAAGACGAGAAAACCAUUGCAAUUGUGUCCGAUAUUUCUGAAUCGGAAAAAAGUUUACCACGAGCAGAAGACGUCGAAACUUCUGGUACUUCUGCCGCUCCAAAAGAGCAAGAAGAUGAGCUUUCUAUUAAUGAAACCCAAAGAGACAGUAAAGUCUCGAAUCUGACAAAGAGGAGUAUAGCCGACACUUCUGAACAACACGCUGGAAAAGGAAUAAACUUGGAAGAUGACAAUAAAGCCAACGGAAAAUCAAGUAAAGAUCAAAGUGAAAAUAUAGAACUCACUGUUUUUCCUGAUAAAGACGAUAUAACCACAAUAAUUGAGUCCGAUAUUUCUGAAUCGGGAAAAAGCUUACCACGAGAAGAAGAAGUCGAAACUUCUGGUUCUUCUGCCGCUCCAAAAGAGCUAGAUGAUGAUCUUUCUUCCAAUGAAACCCAAAGCGUUAGUGAGGUCUUGAAUCUGACCAAAGGAAGUAUAGCCGAAAUUUCGGAACAACCCGCUGAAAGAGGAAUAGACUUGGAAGAUGACAGUGAAGCCAGCGAAAAAUCAAAUAAAAAUAAUGGCGAUAAGACAGAACUCGCUGUUUCUCUUGAUAAAGACGUACAAAACUUUGGAAUUGCGUCCUAUAAUUCUGAAUCGGAGAAAAUUUUACCACUAGUCCAAGGUUUCGAAACUCCUGGUAGUCCUGCCCCACCCGAGGACUCCCAUGGUGCUAUUAUAGAGGACAAAUUGAGCUUAUCUGCUCAAUGUAUACCGGAUGUAAAUACUGGUUUAAUACUUAAUGACUCAAAUGAUGUGGUUGGUUCAGUAGAGGAUCCAGGAAUGUUGUUAUCAUACGCUGACACUUUAAAUCAUGAAGUCGUAUCAUCCCAAGUGCAAGCAAAUAGCUCUCCAACGAGAGAGAUGACCAUUACUGAAAGCGAACUGUUAGCCAACAAGCAAGAAGAAGUAAUAGAAGACCCUUGUAUUAAAAGAAAGUCUUCUGUGAAUACUAAUGAGUGCGAAACAAAACACCAAACUUCAUCAGAAGAAAAUCAGGAAAUAUCUGCUAUAAAACCAGACGAGGUGACACAGUCAUUCACAGCUGAAGAAGUUGUUGUACCAAUUUCUAGCCAUCUUGUUUUGAGCUCUUAUGAUGAGCCAGUAAUACGGACUAUGGGUUCUUUGCAAGAACAAGUCAGCAUUGACCUUGAAGAAACUGACAUUAUCGUGUGCAACCAGAUGCAACUGAAUGAAUCAAGGGAAAGCUCUGGGCAAAGUGACUAUGUGGUUUUCGGUAAUGCUAAGUCCGAAAAAUUCCAAACAAAAGAAAGUAACAGCGAAGAAGAAUCUGCAAGGGCACCGCUGAUACGUCAUUACACAAUCGCUGGAGACGAUGCCCGAAGCAUUUUUGGGUCUGUCACCCGUGAAGACACAAUAAAUGAUAUAGAAAUUGGUACCAAAGAUUUUAUGACUGCUUCUAGCAUCAACAGCACUAACAGUUUAUUUUUAGACGACGAAAUUUCGGAAAACAUCCGCAAGAAAAUUAUGGCCUUUUCGCUCUCUGAAACGGAUUCAGACUGCAUUGACCCAGGAAAUAUUAACCAAGAGAACUUCGAUAUAGACACGGCUAUGGCAGACACUUUGGGCACAUCUACUGAAACUGAAUCUACAAUUGUAUCGGCGGCCACGAAAAUACAAGCAGGAGCUCGUGGGUUUCUUACCAGAAGACGAAUGCGACGCGCUAGUGCUGGUACCAAGUCCUCAACACAAGAGACAAAGGCAUCGUUUGGAAACGCUGCCAUUAGCGAAUCCUUUGAGCGACUUAUUGAGGAAGAAGCAGCGAAAAAAAUCCAAGCCGCAUAUCGGAUACACACAAGAAAACUUAAAGGACACAAUCGAAAAAUUGAAGGCAUCAGUUUAGAGAGCAAUUUAGCCGCCAGGCGUCAAAAAUUGCAGCGCGGGGACGCGCUUCGAACUGACUCGACGCCCGAUGAUGAUAACAUUCCGCUUACCAACAAUGGACAUACACAAAAACACCCAAACACUCAACGAAAAAAAGGAAAGGGUGAUGGAGUAACAUUGAAAACUGGCACGGAACUAAAAUGGUUGACAUUAAGGCAGAACUCAAUGCCAGUACAAAUUGAUAGCAAUAUUCUAAGAGUUAUUCCUAAGCACAAAAAGAAGCGUAUUAAAAGCGCGGAGUAUAAGAAAAUGACAUCUAAAUAGCUACACCAAUAUCUUUGCUCAAACUCUUUGAAAAUAAAUAAUCCAUUUCUAAUUGAAAUAUUUGUCAUUAUUAUUGUGUGACGUUCUUAG